AGAACGCGCGCCACGAUCGCUCCUGAAUCAGCUGUAGAAAAUUGUGCCAAGUUUCUUGUCACUAUACCCGGUCGGUCAUCCGCGCGAGACGUGCGGUUUACAAUUUAAGUGUGUGCUUGUGUGUGUGUGAUUUUGUGCCUACACUAUCAAUUUAAGUAGUGCGUGCUUGUCAUCAAUCUAGCUAAGCUCAAAGCUUGACCUUCGUCAACAACUACAUAUACGUACAUACAUACAUAACCACUAGUACGACAAAGUACACCCCUAAUUUCUUGGUUUGUAAAAAGUAAGAAAACAAAAGGCUCAACAAUAUGCGCGAAAUUGUGCACCUGCAGGCGGGCCAAUGCGGCAAUCAAAUCGGUUCAAAGUUCUGGGAAAUUAUCUCCGAUGAGCAUGGCAUCGAUCCCAAUGGUUAUUACCAUGGCGAAUCGCAUUUGCAACACGAUCGCAUCGAUGUAUACUACAAUGAGGCCAGUAGCGGCAGAUAUGUGCCACGUGCUGUCCUCAUCGAUCUAGAGCCUGGUACCAUGGACUCAGUGCGUCAAUCACCCAUGGGCCAACUAUUUAGACCUGAUAAUUUUGUUUUCGGUCAAUCGGGCGCUGGCAAUAACUGGGCCAAGGGCCACUACACGGAAGGUGCGGAGCUUAUCGAUUCGGUGUUGGAGGUGAUACGCAAGGAAUCGGAAGGCUGUGAUUGCCUGCAAGGCUUUCAAUUGGCCCAUUCAUUAGGUGGCGGGACUGGCUCUGGCUUGGGCACUCUCCUCAUAUCGAAGAUACGCGAAGAAUAUCCGGAUCGCAUCAUGCUCUCAUUUUCUGUGGUGCCAUCGCCCAAGGUCUCGGAUACGGUUGUGGAGCCGUACAAUGCGACACUCUCCAUUCAUCAACUGGUCGAGAACACGGACGAGACCUUCUGCAUUGACAACGAGGCGCUGUACGACAUUUGCUUCCGCACGCUGAAGCUGUCGUCGCCCACCUAUGGCGAUCUGAAUCAUUUGGUCUCUGUCACAAUGUCCGGAGUAACCACCUGCCUGCGUUUUCCGGGCCAGCUGAAUGCGGAUCUGCGCAAACUGGCCGUAAACAUGGUGCCCUUCCCACGUCUGCACUUCUUCAUGCCCGGCUUUGCCCCCCUCACCGCCAAGGGCUCCCAACAGUAUCGUGCCCUGACCGUCGCCGAGUUGACACAGCAAAUGUUUGAUGCCAAAAACAUGAUGACGGCAUGCGAUCCCCGACAUGGACGCUAUCUGACUGUCGCGUGCAUUUUUAGAGGACCCAUGUCGAUGAAGGAAGUGGACACACAAAUGCUGAAUAUUCAGAGCAAGAAUAGCAGCUAUUUCGUUGAAUGGAUUCCCAAUAAUGUGAAAGUCGCUGUUUGUGAUAUUCCUCCACGUGGUCUGAAAAUGGCCGCCACAUUUAUUGGCAACUCUACGGCUAUACAGGAGAUAUUCAAACGCAUAUCCGAGCAAUUCACGGCCAUGUUUAGGCGCAAGGCCUUCUUGCAUUGGUACACUGGCGAAGGCAUGGACGAAAUGGAAUUCACUGAAGCCGAGUCGAAUAUGAAUGACCUGAUAUCAGAGUAUCAACAAUAUCAAGAAGCCUCUAUUGACGACGAUGUGGAGUUCGACGAUGAGCAAGCAGAGCGUGAAGCAUACGAGGCCGAAGAUACACUGCAAAAUGGCGGUAUCUAGCAGUUUAAAAGUACACCCUAAAUUGGGGUGUUUUCAAUAUCUGUGUAAUUUUAUCCAAUUUUUCUAUAAAAGAAAAUAAAUGCUAUGACAAAGAA